AUGCGACUUGUACUUCGCAAUGGCAGAGAGACGCACGUGUCCUGUUCUGUGGAUAGCGACGCAUUGGAUCUGCUGCAAGGAAGACUCAGAGGGGCGUCCGUUCGGGGACGAGGCUGGGCGAGCCGAUUGGGCUUAACUGCAAGAAGCAUCGACGUGGACGUGGGCAUAGUCCGCCUUGACGUAGGUGCGCUGUUCCGGCAUCGCGUCCUCCAGUUCGAACAACCCCCCCCCUCUGGAAACGCCAUCGUCGUGUUCAGCGCCGAAGACUUCGGCAACUUUCUAGCUCACCCGCUUAUUCGUCGAACAGUUGUGGCCGGCCGAAGCUUCGUGUUUGAUCGGCAGGGGGUGGUUGUUGACCCGAGAAAGCGCACGGUGGCGUUUGGCGGGGUGUGGGGCGCCGAGAAGCUGCGCAUCGAACUUAGCCAGGCAGCCGCCCGUGCACCUUUAGUGUCGGAAGUUGUCCGGAGUGUCGAUGAUGGCGACCAUGAUAGCGGUCUUACAGACGAUGAUGCCAUUGCCUCUGACAUGAGCGAAUUCUUCAACAACCUUGAGGUAGACCUUGACGGCCCCAGGUUAUCAUUCUCUUCGUUGUCGUUUGAGGGUAGCGGGAUUGAGGGUGGGAGAGUAAAGCUCGCCUUGGGAAUUGUGGUGCGCAAGCUUCCAAGUAUCCGAGCGGUAGCGUCCUUUUGA